AUGUUUAUUAUCAAGUAUCAAGACAAAAUUUCAAGAUAUACGCGUAUUGAUAUUGAAAACAUCAAGUUCUUAAGAGACUGCUUGGCAAUUCUCAAGAAGCUUAUUUCCACGUUCGAAUCAGAUAAAACCAAGAUAUCUGAUUGCUACGUAUGGCUUUGCAAGGGUAUUGAAGCACUCCAAUACCUUUCCAGCAGCAACAACAAUCCUUUUGCUGGAAUCCUUUCAAGAUCGUUGUUGAACUAUACCCUUGGAUCGGACUUUGGAGGUCUUUGGUGCUUAGCCUUCGCUUUUACACCGAAAGGUAGGUAUUAUUUCAACCAAAAAUUCGUCCACGGAGCGCAGAUCAACGAAUCUCCGGCAAUUAAUUCAUUUGAUAUUACAAACGUAACUUUCGUUAAUCCAGUAGAAGACAUUCAAUCUAUCUAUAUGGACUCUAUCUUUGA